AUGCAGCCCUUCGUCUACAUUGCGCUUCCCGCGCGCGUCGUCUUUGGCUUUGGAACGGCCAAGCAGGUUGCGCAGGAGGUGACCCGGCUCGGUUGCAGUCGAGCGCUUGUCCUGACGACGCCGCAGCAGGUUGCUGCCGGCGAGCAAGUCCAGGCAGACUUGGGAGACCUAAACGUUGGCAUCUACUCGAAAGCAGCCAUGCAUACGCCGCUUGAGGUCACCCUUGAUGCUCUCGCUCAGGCGAAGGCUUUGGGCGCGGACUGCUGUGUCGCUGUAGGAGGCGGCUCGACCAUCGGUCUCGCAAAAGCUCUAGCGCUUCACUCGGCUAAUUCCGCCAAACUCAAGAUUGUCGCCAUUCCUACGACUUAUGCUGGCUCGGAAGCAACACCCAUCAUCGGGCAGACGGAGGUCUUGCCUGAAGCCAUCGUCUACGACGUCGAGUUGACACUCUCUCUCCCCCCUCAAAUGACCGUUACCUCCGGCCUCAACGCAAUCGCCCAUGCCGUCGAAGCCCUCUGGGCCGUCGAAGCAAACCCGAUCAUCUCGAGCCUCGCUAUCCAGGGCAUCAAAGCCAUUGCUCGCUCGCUGCCGCUCAUCAAAGCUGGCCCGCAGUCCAAGGACGGAAGAGCGGAUGCGCUUUUUGGCGCCUGGGCGUGCGGAACCUGCUUGGGUGCUGUCGGGAUGAGCUUACAUCAUAAGCUCUGCCACACUCUCGGAGGCUCCUUCAACAUGCCGCACGCCGAAACGCACACCGUCAUUCUCCCUCACGCCGUCGCCUACAACGCACCCUUCGCGGCAGAUGCCGUCUCAAGCGUCGCGAAAGCGCUCGGCGUGGCAAACGCUUCCCAAGGCUUGUACGACCUCGCGAAGGAGAACGGUGCGCCUUACUCGCUCAAGGCACUCGGCUUCAAGGAGGAGGACCUCGAGCGAGCAGCGGAGCUUGCUGCCAGCGCGCCUUACCCGAAUCCUGCCCCGCUGAAGAAGGAGAAGCUGCUUGCGCUCCUCCGCAACGCGUAUGAAGGAGUCCGUCCUUUGUAA